UAUCCACUUUGGAAAGUCACUCUCCCUAUCCGAGUGUUUAAGCUUCUGGGGGUCAAGGCCCUGCUGGUGACAAACGCUGCGGGGGUCACUAUGUGAGACGUACAGCCCAGGGGACCUCAUGAUCAUCCGAGAUCACAUCAAUAUGCCGGGAUUGGCUGCCUUAAACCCCCUGAGAGGGCCAAACGACGAGAGGUUCGGUCCUCGCUUUCCCUCCCUCUGGGACACGUACGAUCAGGGCCUGCGCUCUACAGCUUUGGAAAUUUCUCACCGGCUCGGCCAUGCGGAGUUCACCCAUGAAGGGGUGUAUUGCAUGGUAGGGGGACCAAACUUUGAGUCUGUCGCAGAAGCCAGGUUCUUGCAGCGGCUGGGUGCUGAUGCUGUGGGU